AUGUCUAAUAGACCUUUCUUCCUGUGCAUCUCUGCUUCAUCUCACACUCUAGCGACUUUGUUAGCUCAGCACGAUGAUGAAGGUCGGGAAAGAGAAGUCUAUUACAUUAGCCAUACUUUGAUAGAGUAUGAAACCCGAUAUUCCGCUGCGGAAAAACAAUGUCUAGCUCUUGUCUUUGUGACUCAGAAGCUAAGACAUUAUAUCCUUCAUGCAGAAACGCGGGUCAUUGCUAAGAAUGAUAUCCUUAAGCACCUCUUCGCAAAUUCUGAUCUCUCAGGAAGGUUGGCCAAGUGGGUGAUGUUGCUCUCUGAAUUUGAUCGGAAAUUCAUAACUCAGAAGUUAAUCAAAGGGCAAGUCAUCGCUGAUCAAUUGGCCAGCGCUCCCUUAGAAAAAUCCUUUCUUACCUUGAACCUAUUCCCUGAAGAGGAUGUGUUGGUCAUUGAUCAUGACUCUGUAUGGGACAUGUAUUUUGACGGGUCGAGGUGUCAGACUAGCUUAGGAGCGGGUGUAGUCUUUGUUUCACUUGAAGGAAAGCUAGUUCCUCUCUCGUUUCGUUUGGAAUUUAAUUGUACCAACAACAUUGUUGAGUACGAAGCCUUGAUUGUAGGGUUUCGUGCCGUGAUUUCCAUGGGUGUGAAAAACAUCCGUAUCCAUGGAGAUUCAAAACUUAUCGUAAACCAGGUUAUAGGUGCUUAUCGUGUUAAGCAACUGAAGUUGUCUAAGGAUUUGGUAUUAACUAUGCUAACAAUUCACUACUUACACGAUUGA